AUGGGUGGGUACGAGCUUCAUCAGAAGCUGCGAACGAAGGCCGUACGACAAUUGAAGAAGAAGGAUUAUGCAGGUGCCAUCGAAUCGCUGCACGGGGGAGCCGUCGAGCUGCUGAAAGAGGGAGAGCAAGGAUCCGGAUGUGACUUGGGAGUUUACAUGAUCGAUGUAUAUGGUCAAGCUGAACUACCUAGCGACGAGACCAGCAGAGGUGAGACACACAUGCUGUGUUGGCCUGACCUCUCUCGACACUGACUUGUGAGCCGCUGCUUGCUCAAGGUCGUAUUCUAGAGAUCGUCAAAGCUGCCAAGCCUGACUUCUGGCGCAAGAAGGUGAUUGAUGCGGCCAUCAAGUAAGCAUGGGUCGAGGUUUCUGAGUCAUUAAACUGUCCCUCUGAGCUGAUUCCUUGCCCAUUCGUUUCAUACUCUUGCAGGUGGUCUGCGAAGGUGACAAAUGCACCAGCUGGAGAUGGGCACUUGCGUCUGGCGUUGGGAGAAGCUCUUGUAGCCUGUGAGUGGACAGUGGCCGCAUUACGCACGCCGCCCUUGUCGACCUGAUCAACAACUAUGUGCCACUUUUGGGCUCUUAGCUGGCGACUUCUACGCGGCAGAAGGCCACCUCUUGGCAGCUUCGGCACCCCCUCCUGGAAACGCCAGUUUAGCCUCUCAACAUUUUGACGCAUCUGCUCCUACCAAAUUCGCCUCCAGUCAGCUGACCUGGCUGUAUGCGCAUGCGGAGACAGAGUCUCAAGCCAAAGGCGAGAGCAGGGAUCAGGCAACCAUCGCAAGGUCAGAAUCAGGAAGGUGGGCCUUGAGAGGACUUUUGCCGUGAGUUUUUACCAGAGGUGCAAUUGCUGGGCCCCUAACCUCAGCUGACAUGCGAAGCCCCAUGCUUUCAGGUUGCUUGUUGCUCGAGCUUUCACAGGCUCACGAGCGUUCCUCAUUGCCUACGUCAAAGAGCUCGUCGCAAAGCAUCCAAAACUUCUAUUGCCAACUCAACCGAAUCCCAAGGCGUUCUCGCCUGUCGGCGGAACAAGUACUGCGCAAUCCGAUCCGUUGCAGCUGUACAUGACGGCCAACGCGGAUCUCAACUUUGCUCAGAUGACACUCGCUCUCGUGGGUCAAGCCGUGAGCGUCAAGAAGUCGGGUCAGAGGGUUGGCGAUCAGCUGCGCAAUGCUUGGGGAGGAUUGAUUCAGCAGUAUCAGAGGGAAGGACCUGCGCUGGAAGCGGACGAAUUCGUCGGUGAUGUGAGUGGCUAGCCAGUGCUCGCUCGCUCUAGGCUCCUCGUCAUUUAUCAUGCGCUGCUUCCUGACAACCUGUUUCCUUCUCAAAAGACGAUCAAUGGUAUUUCGACGCUCUACUUUGACGUCAGGUCCAAUCAGCCACAGGGAAACUUCAUGCAGGACAUGCUUGGAGCUCUGAUGGGCGGAGGACCCCAAGGUGGCUCGCAGCCGGCUCCAGUCGUCGUCAAGCAACCGCCCGCACCUAAGGGCGUGCCGAGACCAGACACCGAAGAAUCUGCCGGAGAUGGUGGAGAGGAAUUGGAUCUCGACUAA